ACUGGCUCCGCUCUCGCCGCUGCUGCUGCUGCGGGAAUCGAAGCUGAAUCUGCUCUCCUGUCCGCAAGCAGCCAGCAGCAGCAGCAGCAGUAACAGCACGGGUCGGACCGGAGUAUGAUCACAGUCCGGAGAGCAUAGAUGUGCAAAACCCCUGGAUUAUCCUGGAGAGGCAAGAACCGAGCACCGUGGAGGAGGACUGUUUUUAUCUAGUCUUCUAAAGGGAAAGAGCCACGGGGGAAGCAUGGCAGUAGAAGAGGAAGGUCUGCGGGUUUUUCAGAGCGUUAAAAUAAAAAUAGGAGAAGCAAAAAACAUCCCUCCUUACCCGGGGCCGAACAGGAUGAGGGACUGCUACUGCACCGUCAACCUCGACCAAGAAGAAGUCUUCAGGACCAAGAUCAUUGAGAAGUCACUUUGUCCGUUCUAUGGGGAGGAUUUCUACUGUGAGAUCCCACGCAGCUUCAGACACCUCUCCUUCUAUAUCUUCGACAGGGACGUCUUCAGAAGGGACUCCAGCAUCGGCAAGGUUGCGGUGAAGAAAGAGGACCUGCAGAAAUAUCACGGCAAAGACACCUGGUUUCAGCUGCAACCUGUCAGCGCUGAUUCAGAGGUGCAGGGAAAGGUGCACCUGGAGCUGCGUCUGAGUGAAGUCAUCACAGACAGCGGAGCAAUCAACCAUAAACUGGCCACACGAGUGUUGGAGUGCCAAGGCCUUCCAAUCGUCAACGGCCAAUGUGAUCCCUACGCUGCUGUGUCCUUACUCGGACCUUCCAGGUCAGAGGCAAAGAAGACCAAAGUGAAGAGGAAAACCAACAAUCCACAGUUUGAUGAGGUUUUCUAUUUUGAGGUAACACGUCCGUUAAGCUACACAAAGCGUCAGUUUGAUGUCGAAGAAGAGGACGUUGACAAAAUGGCACUGAGGGUGGAUCUGUGGAACGCCAGCAACCUCAAGUUUGGGGAUGAGUUUCUUGGAGGUGUGCGUGUUCCUCUACGGGUCCUGGGUCAGGCAGGGGUCCACGAUGCAUGGUACUUUCUCCAGCCAAGGGAGAACGGAGGGAAGUCAGUGAAGGUAGAAGAGCUCGGCUCUCUGCGUCUGAACAUCGUUUACACCGAGGACCACGUCUUCCCCUCCGAACACUACACCCCCCUCAGAGAUCUACUGCUGCACUCUGCUAAUGUCGGGCCUGUCUCAGCGUCCACGGCUCAUAUCCUGGGGGAGGUGUGUCGAGAGAAACAAGAAGCCGCCAUUCCCCUCGUGCGGCUGUUUCUUCACUACGGCAAGAUUGUGCCUUUUAUCAGCGCCAUAGCUCACGCUGAAGUCAACCGCACACAGGAUCCAAACACCAUUUUCAGGGGAAACUCGCUGACUUCUAAGUGCAUUGAUGAGACCAUGAAGCUGGCAGGAAUGCACUAUCUGCAGGUCACACUCAAACCCAUCAUAGAUGAGAUUUGCACGGAACACAAACCCUGUGAAAUCGACCCGGUGAAGCUCAAAGAGUCGGAGAACCUGGACACGAACAGGGAAAACCUUCGUCAGUAUGUGGACCGGAUCUUCAACGUCAUCACCACCUCUGGCGUUCGCUGCCCGACCGUCAUGUGCGAUAUCUUCUUCUCAUUGAGAGAAUCCGCAGCCACACGUUUCCAAGUUGAUCAGGAUGUGCGGUACACAGCAGUGAGCAGUUUCAUAUUCCUGCGUUUCUUCGCUCCAGCCAUCCUCUCCCCCAACUUGUUCCACCUCAGGCCGCACCAUCCAGAUCCCGCAACCUCCCGAACCCUCACCCUCAUCUCCAAGACGAUCCAGACCCUGGGAAGUCUUGCCAAGUCUAAAUCUGCCAAUUUCAAAGAGUCUUACAUGGCUGCAUUUUACGACUACUUCAACGAGCAGAAAUAUGCGGACGCUGUGAAGAAUUUCUUGGACCUGAUCUCGACCUCGGGGAAGUGGGAUCAGAAGAGCAUCGAAACACCGAUCAUGCUCAAAGAGGGAUUCAUGAUCAAGAGGGCUCAAGGAAGAAACCGGUUUGGAAUGAAGAACUUCAAGAAGAGAUGGUUUCGCCUCACCAACCACGAGUUCACCUACCACAAAACAAAAGGUGAGGGCGCUCUGUGCAGCAUCCCCAUAGAGAACAUCCUGGCUGUGGAGCGGUUAGAGGAGGAGUCCUUCAAGAUGAAAAAUAUGUUCCAGGUCAUCCAGCCGGAGCGAGCGCUCUACAUCCAGGCCAACAACUGCGUGGAGGCCCGCGACUGGAUCGACAUCCUCACCAAAGUCAGCCAGUGCAACCGCAAACGUCUGAGCACCUACCACCCCUCAGCCUACCUCAACGGACACUGGCUCUGCUGCAAAACGUCGACAGACACAGCGCCGGGGUGCUCGCCUUGCACUGGGGGCCUCCCUGCAAACAUCCAGCUGGAUGUGGACGGAGACAGAGAGACAGAGAGGAUCUACUCGCUGUUCAGCACAUACAUGACCAAACUGAUCAAGAUGCAAGAGGCCUGUGGCAGUAAGUCUGUGUACGACGGCCCCGAGCAGGAGGAGUACUCCACCUUUGUCAUCGACGACCCCCAGGAGACCUACAAAACCCUGAAGCUGAUCAUUUCAGCCGUGCAGACGCUGGAGCAGCAGCACACCAAGUACAAGCGGGACAAGUUCAAGAAGACAAAGAUCGGCAGCCAGGAGCAUCCAAUAGGAGAUAAGAGUUUCCAGUGCUACAUCCGCCAGCAGUCUGAGAGCUCCACCUACUCCAUCUAGCUCUGGCCCUGUGAACUGUUUCUAUGAUGCCCAGAAACCAGCAUAUCUUACUUUACUGCAGAGAAAUCCAUCGUAACAGUGCUUCAUGUCUGCUGUUGAGAUUUCAAUCUCUACUUCUUUGAAUCAGAAGUUUUGGAAGCAGGUGAUGUCUGUGCAAGGAUUAAAAGAGUGAAAAGUCUAACCCCAGACUGACUGAGCUGAAGGACUAGAUGGACUCUUCUUCUGCAGUCUUUUAAGGUGCAUCGCUCCAAACGUGGAGAACAGACCUCAGAUCAACAAGAAAAAAAAGGAGGAGUUGUGGAUGAAAGGAGGGAUAGAAAGAGAUAAUCAUAGCGUGCAUCUUUUGAGGACUCCUUCCUGCGAUACGACGAGAACAAACGUUUUCACUGGACGGUUCUGACAGUGACCAAAACGCACUUUAAAGCCUCCAAAUCUCUGGAUGAACAAGCCUCGCAGCACACCUUCAGAAAGCUUCUGUCCUCUGUUUGAUUUGUGUUUGUGUAUCUUAAUGCUCGUUGAAAUGUUCUGUUGUGUUUCACUCGAGGAAGAAGGAAGGAAGGCCAAUGAUUUGUCCCUUUUUCAGGCGGUGUUGUUCCCAUGUACCUGUUUUUAUUUUAUUUAUUUUGUCCCUCACCUCCUCAGGAAGGCUGUGAAGAGGGAGGGAACAUGAGAAAGGGAUUAUUGGGACCAAGCACAGCCGAAAAACAGCCUGAUGUUAGAAAUCAAAGUCACCUCUCAAACUAGUUCAUCCCUAAGUUUUAAUUCUCAUCGUCAGUGUGCUUACUCAUGGUCACAUUUAUGUUUGAGUUCAAAACUCGUGCAGCUGUGGUUUGAUAUCAUGUUUUUACUUCCACUGAGUCUAACAAACAUGGAUGCCUUCUCAUGUCUUUAAGAGACAGCAUGUUGAGCAGUCUGUCAGUUCGGUUGAGUUUACGGACAUCAAGCUGCAGCCUCUCUUAGAAGUAAGACAAAAUACCCAAAAUAAGAUCAACUUAAAAUUAUCUGUGAACAAAAAAGUUUAUGUAAAACUUCUGUUCAAUUUAGGAGCAGAUUAGCCCGCCUAGACUCCCCAUGGACUAUGAAUAUCUUUGAAGUGGAAAUUCUUGCAUAAGCACAAUUAAUUCAAUUAAUUAUAUGCAAUCAGUAGCCACUCAUUAAGAGCCCCUGACCAAUAAUUAAAGAUCCAUUAAGCGACUCUGCAAUCAAUUAAUCAAGCUCUAUUUAUAGAGCACCUUUCAUACAGAUUAAAUGCAACUCAAAGUGCUCUAAAAUCAAGAAAGAAGCAGAAAUAAUAUAAAUGACAUAAAUAAACUAAAAUUAUAAUAUGUAAUUAUAAAAUAAGCUAAAAAAAUUCAAAAUAAGAAAAAGAAUAUAACUGUUUAAAAUGGAAAUUAUAAAAAUUGGAGAUGCAAUAAAGGCACUAAAAAUAUUAAUAUAAUUGAGGAGACAAUAAAAAAUAUUUUUUAGAUUAAUACAAUUAUGAAACUCUGCAUAAAAGCCAGCCUGAAUAGAUCUUUUUUUUUUUUUCAUUUGCAGCUCAGUAUCUUGAACUGUACUUUAUUAGAUAUGCAUUAUUAUUAUAUAUUAUUGUAUUUUGCUGCUUCUGAGAGGUGCUGACUCUUCUUCCUGAUGUUCAGUAAACUCAGCUUGACUCAAUUCAUCCUCAAAAUUAAAGCUUUGAAUGAAGGACAAAAAACUAUCCCAGACUAAAGAGCGUGUGUCAGCACAGCUGGUUUAUAAUGGUUCCUAGCUUAACUUCUAAUCAAUCAUUGGACUAUCAUUCUAACUUGUCUCAGUUCAUAAUCGUGAAAUGAAUCAUGUGUUACAGGUUGUGUCGCCCUGUUGGCUGCCUCAUAUUCUAACUCCUCUGUUCUGAGUUUAUCUCGUCUUGUUUUGAAAACGCUGCCCCCUGUAGUUGAAACCUGUUCAUGUGCACUCCUCUGAUAAACUGCCUGCUGUGAAUCUUACCAGUCAGCAACCCGAGAGCCUGUUUGAAGGUACACGAUUAAUUGUGUUGAAACGUUUGUGUUGUCAGCGCUCACGUCCAUUAGCUCUCACGUUUUUCGCCAAACCAGUGCAUGUGAAGUUUAGCUGUAAGUCGCAGCGACGGUAGCCUCCAUGGUCACGUCUGUGCGACCACAGUUUUUAUUUAUAACUGGUUAUGUAGCCGAGUAGUUGUUCACAGGAUCCCGAUCAGUGCCAGUCAUCACUUUUAUAAAAUUCUCUUUUUAAAAAACAAACAAAAAAAAAGUCAUGGUUAAGAUGUUUUUUUUUUACAUCUCAAACUGUUUUAAAAAAGAAUAUUCCAGUGGCACCUUUUUCUUUGUCAAACACGUUGAUCUAUAAGGAAGUUUCUCAACAGCUUUGACUCCGUUUUCUAUCUUCGUCUUGUCAUACAGAGAUCUUGCGGUGCGUCUGAACUGAAUGACUGACUUGUGUGCGUGUGCGUUUGUGUGUGUGUUUGUCGGUAUGUGCUGGAGAGACUGAAAUGAAGGGUUGUAUUGCCAAUGAGUUGAGUACACCCAGUGUUACAGGUCAGGAAAGGUAGUGUCCCACUUAAACAAAAGAGAAAAUCACUGCCUGUAAUUAUCCUGCAGAGAGGAGGACUGUGGAAGCAGCUCCUCGUCUCUGUCCUGAUCUGGUGUCUCUCUUUUAUCCUCUUGUAUAGAACCACUGCUCCUUUUUUAAGGAACUUUUGCCAAUAUAGUCUCCCAAAAUGUAUGUAAAACAGUAAUAACAAUGAUGACACGGCGUUGCUUUAACCUCUGAACUUUGGUGAGUGUUUGUUUCCACCAGUCACUAACUCUCCUCAGGUUUAUGAAACUCAGCAGCUUUUUUUUUGUUGCCAAAAACGGUCCUGUGUCUCAUCUCUAACUUGGUAAUCAUAUUUAUUAUCAUUUCAGCAAAACCUUCCCAGAAACAUUGGCUGGGCUGUCGGGGUAAUGCCAUUUCCUGUAAUGGUGACCCCACGAAGGACUGACUUAUGCAAUAACGGUGUUUCAGCAUGCAAUAAUAAGAACAACCCUCCAUAAGCCCCAAAAACGUCAAACUUAUCAAAAAUUAACGCACAUCUGCAGCAAAAUGCCUCUUUGGAUGAACGCAUAUUAUAAAGGGAGAACAGUGUAUUUUGUACAAAUAUUUUAAAAGUAUUAAAUAAGCCUGUUAUAUG